UGCCUAACCUUUGUGCGCAAUUGAUUGACGAGUACUUCAAGCCCUUCGCGUGCAACGUUUGCUGGGAGGUUCACAGCAGGUGCUAUCGGUGUGCCGUCAUGUUCGUUCACAAAUUGAACUACGACAUUGGGCGAUGCUUUCUGAGGCUCAGGCUCGGGCUCUGCGACACCGUGAUAUAAUUUUGGUCUUUUCGGAGGAGGAAGAAGUGUUGCCAUUAUUAUUAUCAAACUACUGUCAGACAGAGACCUAGUAUACGAAAAUUUGAGCUAGAUCAAUCGCGGGAAUAUCUCUCUUGGAGACGCGUGCAGGUUUCACACAAGUGGCGAGUCGUCUGUUCGUCGUCGUCGUAGGGUUUAUAUACUUGUUCCAAGAACCAACUACAGAAUGGCAGUAACAAAAAUCAUUUUCCUGGACAUUUUAACCGUUCUUCCAGUGCCUACUUCGCCAAACACAUGGAAAGUUAGACUCACGCUCAACUACAAGGAACUCACCUACGAAACAAAAUGGGUUGAAACGAUUGACAUCGAAUCCGUUUGCAAAUCGCUCGGAAUACCACCUACAAGCGUGUCCCCAGACGGGACACCAAAAUACACUCUCCCAGCACUAAUUGAUAAUACCUUCACCCCUCCUGCUUUCCUCUCAGAUUCGACUCCCAUAAUCGAGUACCUAGAGCGCACAUACCCAGACCCCGAUUCUUCCCGUGCACUCUGUCCGCCUGCCAGCCGCGCCCUCCGUGCCCUCUUCGAGUAUCACGUUGCUCAGUCCAUCACAACACAGUUGCUACCCGUUAUGGUCAUGCACAUGUACGACAAGAAGACCCCACGAGAUCGCAUCCACUUCCGUCAGCGUACCGAAGCGGCAUUUGGGAAGAAACUUGAAGAUAUAGAGCUCAAGGGCAAAGAACGCGAGGAACACUGGAAGAAAAUUGAACGCGCGCUUGACCUGCUUGCAACAUUUAUGCGAACAAGAAGUGGCGCAGGUGAAUUAUUCACGGGAUCGAAUCUAUCUUUGUCAGACUGUACAUUGGGAGGUCUUUUGCUAGCUUUACGCUACGACAGCCCGGAUGAAGCUUGGAUGAAGGUAUCGUCUUGGAGCAAUGGUAAAUGGACGCGUUACAUGGCUGCAUUGUCGAAAUGGACAACUGUAGAAUAGCUACUUACAUUAUCCAUAACGGAUGUUUCUUAGCUCUCUUUCCGUUAUGAGUCUGCUACACGGUUCAACACCUGUACAUAGAGUUCAAAUGGGAGCAUGAAACUCGAGAGAGAUGAAUUGAUAGACUUCGGGCCAGAUAUUCUGAGUCAAAACGAGGUAAACUAUGGUCUUCCCUAGGCAGACCAAAUAGAAAGAAGACAGUCGUCUUUAUUAUAGGCUAAUUCUGAUCCUGUACGAGACUUGCAUGCUCUCUU